AUGUGGGCAGUAAACGGUGCCUCAAGAGCAGCCCCCUCCAUUCCGAGCUGGUUCUGGGGAGACGGGGGUGAGCUAGAGUUGGUGAGACGGUGCAGCUCCUACAACUGUGAGGGUCACUGUGUCUGUGCUGCCCAGGACAAGAUGUGUAGCACCAGUCAAGGAUGCAGAUUCCUGGACAAUGGCAUGGGGAAUUCUUCACUGGCGGUCAGAGACACCACUGAUCUGAAAUCCCUUGAAUCUCCUGUGUUGGGGAAUGACGUGGACUUCUCUCCCUUUGACUCAUUCCUUGCAGCAUCAUGGACGGUAACCAACACAAAAUCCACACAACCUGUGAGGUACGAGUUCAGUGCCGGGCGUUCAAGUGGGACAUACCCGACAGGAAUAUAUACGGAAAGUAUCGAACGAGUGUGGUUUGAUGCAGGGUCUGUAAUGUCUGCAGUCAUAACCCUACCCAAAGGGCGUGAGCUGACACCAGGACUCAGCUACAGUGUAUUUGUGCGGGCAUGGUAUGACGAGAACACAUACAACAUCUACAAAUCCGACGGCACCCUCAUUGAUAUUACAGCACCAAGAACAACUUCACUGCAAGGAGUAGCGAUGAAAGAGCACAUGGAAUCUGGAGACAGGAAAGAUAUCGACUACCAGCAUCACGUAGAUAGGAUAUACUUGAGCUGGAGGAACGUACUGGACACACAGUCAAGACUCCUAACAUACACGGCUUACACAAGUACUUCACCCGGCGGUUUCAGCAUACAUGCGUCGUCUGACAUGACUGCCACAAACUGCACAGUUUCUGGGUUGUCUCUGGAAUCGGGAACAACAUACUACUCCAAUGUACUUGCAUAUAACAAAGCCGGAUUGGUUGCUUGGACAUUCUCAUAUGGGGUGCAGAUCGAUGUCACGGCACCAGUAGCAGGGACUGUAGAAGACUGA